CUGGCGGGAGGCUCGCAAAUUGCCAUGUAGGUCUGCUUGCCGGCUUGAGCGAUGGGCUGGCUGCUGCCGCUGUCCCACACCGUGACACUGACCGUCGUGCACGUGAGACGAGGCAUUUGCGGGCUCGGGAUGUUCUAUGCGGUGAGGAGAGGCCGCAAGACCGGCGUCUUCCUGAGCUGGAGUGAGUGCAGAGCGCAGGUGGACCGGUUUCCUGCUGCCAGGUUUAAGAAAUUUGCCACAGAAGAUGAAGCUUGGGCCUUUGUCAGGAACUCUUCAAGCCCAGAAGGCUCAAAGGGGCAGGAAACCACACAUGUGCAGGACUCAGAGGUGAAGACCAGCAAGCGGCCUCGGGAGCCUCUGGGUGAAGGGGAAGAACUGCCAGAGCCAGGGGCAAAGCACACCAAACGGAACACGGAACACACGGAACCGGAUCCCCCAGUGAGCAAGGACACAUUUUCUUAUAUGGGAGAGUCUGUUGUUGUCUACACGGAUGGCUGCUGUUCCAGUAACGGGCAGAAUCGAGCGAGAGCAGGAAUUGGCGUUUACUGGGGGCCAGGCCACCCCUUAAAUGUAGGCGUUAGACUUCCUGGGCGACAGACAAACCAGAGAGCCGAGAUCCAUGCAGCCUGCAAAGCCAUCAUGCAAGCCAGGGCUCAGAACAUCAGCAAGCUGGUUCUUUACACAGACAGCAUGUUCACCAUCAACGGGAUAACCAGCUGGGUCCAGGGCUGGAAGAAGAACGGCUGGAGGACGAGCACGGGGAAGGACGUGAUCAACAAGGAGGACUUCAUGGAGCUGGACGAGCUCAGCCAAGGCAUGGACAUCAAGUGGAUGCAUGUUCCUGGUCACUCGGGAUUUGUGGGCAACGAAGAAGCUGACAGGCUGGCAAGGGAAGGCGCGAAGCAAUCUGAAAACUGAGCAAAGUGAUUGCUGCACACUCAGACCCGAGGCAGUGACUGUUCAUUUGUUCUGAUGUGCAGUGAGGCCACAGCUGGAAGACUCAACCAUGACCUGUGACACAGCUUGAUGAGAAGUGCUUAAAUAAUGGAAAGGGGAGGUUGAGCUCACAUUUCUGGGAAGUUUCAGCCUUUGUGCCUUGUGGGUCUGAUAUUCUUGUUUGAUUUGUUGUUAUCUGGCCGAAAAUGCUCCAGCUUGAUUUCAGUAGGAAUCAGUGAGACACUGGUCAGUAGAUGUGGUCUAAAGGUUCCAGAAUGUUCAUUUUCCUUCCGGUGUGCACAGGUACAAGCCUCCUGCCCUUGCAGGCGCCCUGGGUCUCUGUGUGCAUCGGAGACGACAUGGCCAUGCAGAAGCCAAGGCUGGUCUGAGGCCAGGCAGAGCCUGCGCCCAAGUGACCUUGGCUCCUGGACCGCCUUGAGGGACAGCUGAGAACUUUAAAAAAUCAAGAUGCAUAAAUAUAUUGCUAUUGGA